AUGGGUCGUCUGACUAGGAUUCUGCCUUUGCCCUUACUCUUUAUUUUAUCUUUCCGGUUUACUGCAGCAGUCACAGCAGCCCAAGGUCCAAUCGUUACAUUGGAUUAUGGGUCGUUCCAGGGAAACUUGACUGGAAACUCAGUGAAGUUUUUGGGGAUUCCGUUCGCUGCACCACCUAUUGGGAACCUACGAUUCGCCCCCGCUGAGGCACCAAUUCCUUUCAAAGGCGUUCGUCAUGCGACUGCCUUCGGAGCUGCUUGUUUCCAACAGUCGCAAGGCGCAUCGGCUCAGAACUUGUCAUCCAUUAGCACUGAUUUCCCCCAACCCUCUGUAUUUUCUGAAGACUGCCUGUUCAUCAACGUGUUUAAACCGGCGAGUAUCCCAGCGGGAAAGAGGAUCCCGGUCAUCUUUUGGAUUUACGGCGGCAAGUAUCCCAUUGGGGCUACCUCCUCAUACCAGGCAGAUCCACUCGUAGCUCGCUCAGUUGCGUUGGGCGAACCAGUGAUAUACGUGUCGGCCAACUACCGCCUGAAUGCCUUUGGAUUUUUGCAAGGAAAAGAAGCCAAGGCAGCUGCACUAGGAAAUAUAGGUCUCAGAGACCAACAAUUCGCUCUCCGAUGGGUUCAAAAGCACAUUAGUGCGUUUGGAGGAGACCCGACAAAAGUGAUAAUCUGGGGCGAGAGCGCAGGAGCUUAUUCUGCGGGCUACCAUAUUGUCACCAACGACGGUGAUACGCAAGGCCUUUUCCGCGGGGCAUUCAUGGAAUCGGGCUCUCCUGCCGCCUUGUAUGACAUCACUGCUAACCAGCAGUACUUUGACAAGCUUGUUGUGGAUGCCGGGUGUCAAGGUUCUGCUGACCCUAUAGCCUGCCUACGCGCCGUUCCGUUUGAUAAGCUCGGGGAUGCUAUAAACCAGUCUCCCAAUUUAUUUUCUUACCAGAGCCUGAUCGUGUGGGGACCUUCCAUCGAUGGGUUGUUUUUCAAACGCGACCCUCAAGAUUCCCUGCUCAAGGGUUUGUACGCUAAGGUGCCAUUUGUAACGGGCGACUGCGAUGACGAGGGAACCAUCUUCUCAUUGAGUAAUACAAAUAUCACAACGAAUGAAGAAUUUAUCGGCUACAUGAAAUCCAAUUACGUUCCUGGAAUUUCUGACGAUCAAUUGGCUGCCAUCGCGAACGCCUAUCCUGAGGACCCGGCUCAGGGAUCGCCGUUCGGCACAGGAACAGGAAAUGCAAUCACCCCCCAGUUUAAGCGCUUCUCUGCCGUAUAUGGAGACCUAUUCUUCCAGGUCCCUCGAAGAUUCUUCUUGGAAAUAGCAUCCAAGACCCAACCAACAUUCGCAUUCUUGUAUAAACGUGGAAAGGCUACUCCAACCGUAGGCGCAUUCCACGGAUCUGAUCUUGCAGAAUUCUACGGCUUUGGUACAGAGCCUGAUUAUAUUGGCACAGAUGCGCUUAUCAACUUUGCAAAUACGCUCGACCCGAAUACCAAGAAUCCGCAAAGCUUGUUAUCUUCCAUUGAUUGGCCCUGCUGGGGGUCCUCAGCCGCUGCGCCUCCAUUGCUCACCUUCCUCGAUCCAGCCCCUUCCAUCAACAUUACCCUAGAUAAUUACAGAGUCCAAGAGAUGGACUUGUUAACUAAGAUAUCCCUAGAAUUGUGGGCCUGA